AUGUUGAUCUACCGUACUUUUCCCCUUUUCUUGGUUUUGAUCUACCAAAUUCACUCGGACCCAAUCAACAUUGAGAUGCUGGUCCGUUGUGAUCCAUCAAUUGCUCAUUACUGCGGAAAAUUGGUCUACUAUGAGGUGGAUUACCAAGGACAGCACGAUGUCUUCAAGACCCACCAGUUUUGUUCGGAUUAUGAGUAUCAGCAAUUUCAGUAUGAGAAAUUCUGGCCUGGAGGCGAUCCGGGAAAGGAAUACGAAUUCAGUUUCACCUUGGAGCACAAUUGCACACAUACCGGCCAACGACUCUGUAUCCGUCCCCACCAAUACGUUCGGAAGUAUAUUGACGGAGAACAAUUCGUGGAAUUCUAUGUGAAGGCGUAUAAUCGGGGAGAGAAUUUCGAUUGCUUAUUGGCCUUGGAUUGA